AGCCGUAGUACACCCUUCACUUUUCACUGAGUUUUUUGGUCUGGCCUGUUCAGUUGUGUCGCAGUAUUUCGUGUUUCUUCGACUGUUUUUGAGGAUAACUUUGAUUUCGGGUGUCUUUUUAUGAGUAAUCAAAAGAUUCAGAAGCCAACGCUUACAGGCCAGCGUUUUAAAACUAGGAAGAGAGAUGAAAAGAAGGUGUUUGACCCUACUCAGUUUCAGGAAACCAUUGUACAAGGUUUGAACCAAACUGGCAGUGAUCUGGACGCGGUUGCGAAAUUUCUUGAUGCCUCUGGUGCCAAGCUUGACUACCGCCGCUAUGCUGAGACGCUCUUCGACAUCCUGGUGGCUGGCGGAAUGCUUGCCCCAGGUGGUACCUUGUCAGAUGACUUGACCCGUACAGAGUUCUGUCUGUUUACAGCACAAGAAGACCUGGAGACCAUGCAAGCAUAUGCUCAGGUUUUCAACAAGCUUAUCAGGCGUUACAAGUACCUGGAGAAAGGGUUUGAAGAGGAGAUCAAGAAGUUGCUGCUAUUCCUGAAGGGAUUCACUGAGUCUGAGCGCAACAAGCUGGCCAUGUUGACUGGCAUCCUGCUGGCCAAUGGCAACAUCUCAGCCUCUAUCCUCAACAGCCUCUACAAUGAGAACCUCGUCAAAGAAGGUGUCUCUGCAGCCUUUGCUGUGAAACUUUUCAAAUCCUGGAUCCAUGAGAAGGAUAUCAACUCUGUGGCAGGAAGUCUUCGGAAGGUUGGCAUGGAUAAUAGACUUUUGGAGCUGUUCCCUGCCAACAAGCGGAGCUGUGAGCAUUUCUCUAAGUACUUCACAGAUGCCGGUCUCAAAGAGCUGUCGGACUUUGCCAGGAACCAGCAGGCCAUAGGGUCCCGUAAGGAGCUUCAGAAGGAUCUCCAGGAACAAAUGGAACGCGGGGACCCUUUCAAAGACAUCAUUGCGUCAGCCAGGGAGGAGAUGAAGAAGAACAACAUCUCAGAGCAGACCAUGAUCGGCAUCGUGUGGACCAGUGUUAUGAGCUAUGUGGAGUGGAACAAGAAAGAGGAACUGGUCACAGAACAAGCCAUCAAGCAUUUGAAGCAAUACAGCCCCUUGCUGAAGGCGUUCACAUCCCAGGGAGCCUCUGAGAUCCUACUGCUCGUGAAGAUGCAGGAGUACUGCUACGACAACAUCCACUUCAUGAACUCCUUCCAGAAGAUUGUGGUGCUGCUCUACAAAGCGGAUGUUUUGAGUGAGGAGGCCAUUCUUAAGUGGUACACAGAGGCCCACGUUGCCAAAGGAAGGAGUGUGUUCCUGGAACAGAUGAAAAAAUUUGUGGAGUGGCUCAAGAAUGCAGAGGAAGAAUCUGAGUCCGAGGAGGACGAGGCUGCUGACUAACGGACCUCAAGCCAAAUCCAAGGCGUGUCAUUUUUUUUUACAUUUUUUUUUAAUAACGUACAGUGGCACCAGGAGCAGUAGAAUGUUCUGUUACAGAAGUGCUUGUCUUCCCCCACCCCCCUCUUUUCUUUUUUCUACCUCCUCCACUCCAACCAUGAUGUAUAGAUGUAAGGGCUUUUACAUUCUGUUCAUUUUAAAACUAAUAAAGUUUACACUUGUGGAUAGCAUGAAUCAUGAA